AUGGAAGAUCAUUAUGUGGCUCAUAGUGAUGAAAUUCAACGUACCUUGAACUUUAAACUGCAAGUUGGGUACGUCGGCCUUAAGUAUUUGCAAGUCUUAAUGGUCAUGGUUUAUCUCACUGAUUUUUACACCUUAAGGAAGGAUGUAGAAAGUACCUCAGAACCCAAUAUCUUAAUGAUGAUGACAUAUCUCACAGAAUUCUACACCUUAAGGAAGGAUGUAGAAACUACUUCAGAACGUGUCGAAGAGAUGAGGGCCUCUGCUGGUCUGAAGCAGUUAGAAGCAGAUCUCACAAAGUUGGAGAUAGCAACAGCGGACAGCUCUCUCUGGGAUGAUCAUGCUAAAGCUCAGCAAACUCUUCUAGCUAUGACUGAUGUCAAAGACAAAAUAAAGCUUCUCAAUGAGUUCAAAGACCAGGUCUAA